AUGAAUUGUUCUAAAAACCAAUCAUAUGCGUUGAUUCAAAACGACUUGAGAGAAUACGAGAUUCAGAUUGCAGGUAAAAAAGUGUCGAUAUCGGAGCCUCUAGACAUGGUGGACGCUGUGAAGGAAGCUCUAAAGGAAAAGAAGUCUAUUGAAGGAGCUCCUACUGAAGAGGAAGUGGUUGAGGAAUCUAAGAGAAGCAAGGCGUAG